AUGGGGGCCAUUGAUCCAGUAAUGAGGAAACGUGUGCUAAGAGUAGUUUUCAUAUCUCUGCUUCUCGAUCUAAUAAGCUUUACAUUUAUACUACCGCUAUAUCCAGCGCUGCUCCAAUACUACAAGGAUCUUGAACUAAAAAUCCAAUAUAACGCUGAGAGCAAAUCAAAUACCAUCCUUUUCAAAAUUAUAAAUUAUCUCAACACAUAUAAAGUAUCGUUUGCUCGUCCCAUUGAUUCCCGAUACGAUGUAGUUCUAUUGGGCGGUGCACUUGGGAGUCUCUUUUCUUUCCUUCAGGCAGUGGCAUCUCCUAUAAUCGGGACCCUGUCCGAUCGCUAUGGCCGCCGUACUGCUCUCCUCGCAAGCAUGAGCGGAAACCUCCUAAGUGUACUUCUCUGGGUCCUCGCAACCGACUUCCGCACAUUUCUGCUUUCACGAAUCGUUGGCGGGUUGUCCGAAGGAAAUGUGCAGCUAGCAAUUGCUAUCGCAACUGAUAUUUCAGAUGAGAAACAACGGGGCGCAACUCUAGCACUCGUGGGUAUCUGCUUUAGUAUAAGCUUCACAGUAGGACCAGCUCUUGGAGCAUGGCUGAGUACCAUAAAUUUAGUGGAAGCGAACCCAUUCGCGACAGCAGCAAUCUUCUCGCUGGUCCUCAUCGUGGCGGAAACCCUCUAUUUGUAUUUAUGCUUGCCAGAGACUCUUCCGAGCAAAAAUUCAUCUAUGCGACUCAAUAAUACACCUAAAAAUGUUCAAAAAGAUAUUUCUUCCCCACCGACGAUUUCCAGAUCAAACUCUCAUAUUCGUCUGAAUUUUAUUCAUUUCAUGUUCAUCCUCUUUUUUUCUGGCAUGGAAUUUUCACUGCCGUUUAUGACCUUUGAUCUCUUUGGGUACUCUUCGAGCAACAACGGUCGCCUGCUUGGCUACAUGGGAUUGGUAGCUUCCCUAAUUCAAGGUUGCAUAACCAGACGAAUCCCCUCUCUUCUCUCGGUACGAAUAGGGAUCUUUACGUGCCUCAUGGCGCUUCUUAUUCUCGCUCGUACGCACACUAUUACUGGACUCUAUAUUGCUACAACACUUCUUGCGAUGACAACAGCCACAGUAGUUACAGGUCUUAACGCUCUGAGUAGUUUUGAGGCUGGCGUAAAUGAGCGCGGCGAAAAAUUGGGUUUACUACGGAGCUGGGGCCAGGUGGGUAGAGGGAUGGGACCUUUGCUUUUUACCAGUGUCUACUGGUGGGCUGGUCGUGAAUUCGCUUACACAUUGGCUGGCAUGGGCAUGCUUGGCGUUGGCAUGAUCGCUUUCUUCGGUUUACACGAGCCUCAGACAAACGCCAGAAUGUAG